AUGGAUUUUCAUCAAGGAGGCAAAUUCAGAGUCAAAGGAGGAUAUGACCAAAAACCUGUCGAAAAGGUGAAUAACUCAGGCACAAGCAGAGAAGAAGACACCAAAGAGUCCUCUACAGAGGAAGAUACCUUAGUAGAAUACGAAGAGCUACAAACGACACAACGCUCCAAAACUGAUCUAUUUUUGGACGUUCCCAUAGUAAACAGAGAUUUGCUUUUUAAUCCUAAUUGCUAUAUAGGAAUUAUUAUUGACUAUCUGAUAGAAGAAGUUGGAAUACCAAAAGAUCUUAAAGAUCGAGUAGAUUUAACAGACGAAGAUGGAAAGUUACUGGAAGUAAAAAAGAUUCCUCCGUACUGUAACGGAUUGGAGUUUUUGCAAACUUCGGCACGAGACAAACAAGAAGGGAAAGUUUUUGCUUGGCGACCGAGAGAUUGA